GAGAGAGAGAGAGCACGAAGACGAAAAAUAAAACAACAAACACCUACAGAGAAUGGGGGGAGUUUGUGCCAGUGUGUGGCUUUGGGAACAAAAGGGGAGGAGCCUCAUAGGGAGCAGAAAUGUCAAUCACACCAAACGCUCUCAUCUGAGGCGAUCUGUGAGGACCUGACCCCGGAGUAGGCAGAUCAAGUGCAGUCAGGGAGGAGAGUGCCAAAGGGAAAGCGCUUCAUCUCGCUCUCAAAGGCAGGACGGUUGCCGUUUUACUCAACUGCUUUAAAUUGGAUCACUUUGUCAAGGUUUGAGAUUGUGGACCCCUUUGUGGUGGCUGCAACCUGUGGUAUGACCAUGUCUCUCCCUCAACUGGCAUAUCAGUAUAUAAGACCACCGUGCCUCUCCGAGCGUCACGGCGUAGCAAACGGCCGAGCUGGGACGGAGUUUAGUCCGUCGGCCACCCUCUCCAAUGUGUUAUCCACGAUGUACGGAGCACCUUUCGCAGCCACACAAGGAUACGGAGCUUUCCUCCCUUAUUCAACAACAGACGUUGCUAUUUUAAAUCAGAUGGGCGCUCAUUAUGAACUAAAGGACACCCCUGGCAUACAGCACCCCGGACUUUCUCAUCACCCUUCGCCGUUUUACCCUUAUGGCCAGUGUCACUUCGGCGAUCCAAAUAGACCCAAAAAUGCCACGCGUGAAAGCACGAGCACACUGAAGGCCUGGCUGAGUGAACACAGGAAGAACCCGUACCCAACAAAAGGCGAGAAAAUCAUGCUGGCCAUUAUCACUAAAAUGACUCUGACUCAAGUGUCCACUUGGUUUGCCAAUGCCAGACGGAGACUCAAGAAGGAAAAUAAAAUGACUUGGGUUCCAAAGAGUCGAACCGACGAAGAGGAAAAUGGAUAUCCAAGCGACAACGACGGGGACGGAGAUAAAGACGACGACGAGGAAAUUGACUUGGAAAAUAUUGAUGCAGAGAAAGAAGAAAAUAAGGACGAUUCAGAUGAUCAGGAUGACAAUUCCGAAAGGAAACGAGUUGAUAAAAGUGAUUCUGAGAUAUCCGAUGCUAACGAAGACAUACCCAGACAUGACGUGAAAUUCUUAGAGCAUCCCAUGAAAGAAAGCAAAAGUACUUGCGAGGACCCGGCCAAGCAAGCGAACAAUGGUUUGUUUCAGCCAAGCGUUACACAGUCCAGUGAUGAAAGUAAAGAUACCCAUGAACCACUUCACAGUAAUUUCACCCUACCACAAAAACCAAAAAUUUGGUCUUUGGCUGAGACUGCAACGAUGCCAGACAACCCUAGAAAGUCUCCUCUGCCGAACAGGAACUCCGCACCUGUUACUCACCCGCUUUUAGCGCCACAGAGACCCCUCUCGUGCGAAGUCACGAAACUUCCAAGUUGGACAAAACUGGCGUUUUCAUCGCAUCAAAUUGCUUUAAACGAUCAUUAUCUUGAACUUGCGAAACAGGUUUCUUUGAAUAAUAACAUCCUAUACAGGCACAGAGAUGGGAAGGAUCACAGUUAGAUGUAUGCCAUUUGGACUGAUGUGAGUGAGUGUUGAGUGUAUAGCCUGCGCUUUACUGCUCAAUUCGUUUUUUAGUAAAAUAAUGGGUUUCAGUGGGAUUGGGAUUAAUUUAUUUUUGUCGUUUUUAUUUCAAUACCAUUUGUGGAAAAUGCAAGAACAAAGUAUUUUAUAUUAUGCAGUGACUGCAAUUGAAAAAGAUUCUGCAGGUUAUCAUAUAGCUGUCCUGGAGUCUAUAAUGAUUAUGUUUAAGCGCGUCAUACGUGUGUGGUUUAGCCGACUUCCAUAUUUUAAAAGCACAACUUCACACAAAUAUCACAUAGUUCUAUUAUAUGGGGGUCUGACGUGUCAAUACAACAUGAUGACAGAUUGCCCUAACACAAACUAUAACACAAACUAUUGCCGUUAUGCUUUAGGCCAUCCCCAAAACAAUACAGUGCCUUUAAAAAUAUAAAAGUUUAAUUUGGAAAUGAAGCAAAUUGCGUUUGUUUGUUUUUUUGUCUGUUUUUAAUAGCCUAUUUUUAUUACAGAUAGUUUAGAUGGAUUUCCCCCUUUUAUCAGAUCAUGAGAAUUAGUGCUGGGUAGCCUGAUCGUUAUUAGGCCUAGCUCAGAGGUUCCGAAUGAAAGGGUAAUCUCUAAAUUGCAAGCAUGCCCAACGGGUAACAACACAUUAAACGGUUUUUAACGUUACGUGUCUAGGGCCUACAUAAUAUGUAAAUAUGUGUUUAAAUGGGUUUGAUCAUAGGCAAAUACAACGAAAUUGUAUAUAAGAAUCUGUGAAAGCUUUAUAUUUUGGUUAUUAAAAAUAUUGCAACAUG